GGUGUGGUUCACUCUCUCUCAUUUUAAACACAGAGGAACAAAAGAGCAGCAACGUUUUAUUUCUUUAAAGAAUAAAUCACAGAAGUCACGAUGGGAGGAAUGCAGUGCGUCAAAUACCUGGUGUUUGUGUUCAACUUUCUCUUCUGGUUGGCAGGGACCGGAGUUCUGGCUGUUGGACUCUGGCUGAGGUUUGACACCAGGACAGCAGGACUGUUUGAAGGCGAGGACGCGCCCACCGUCUUCUUCACAGGUGUGUACUUACUGAUCUUUGCCGGCGCUCUGAUGAUGGUCGUGGGAUUCCUCGGAUGCUGCGGCGCCAUCAAAGAGUCGCCGUGCAUGCUGGGACUGUUCUUCCUCUUCCUGCUCCUCAUCUUCGCUGCAGAGGUGGCUGCUGGGACGUGGGGUCUUUCCAACAAAGAGAGGGUGGUGGAGGACGUGACAGAGUUCUACAAACAAACUUAUUCUAACUACAGACAAACCAAACAGGAAGCUCUGAAGGAGACGCUGCGUCUCAUCCACUUUGGGCUGAACUGCUGCGGCCCGACAGGAACUGUGAUCGACGCCGCCAAAGACACCUGCCCCGACACUGCCAUCGUCACCACGAGUUGUCCGGCAGCCAUCGACGAGGUUUUCAACAACAGGCUGCACAUCGUCGGUGGAGUCGGCAUCGGCAUCGGCGUCAUCAUGAUCUUCGGGAUGAUUUUCAGCAUGAUGCUCUGCUGCGCCAUCAAACGCUCACGUGACUUUGUGUAAACAAAACAAAACACUUGUGUCCACAGUUUCACGGUUAAUGUUAAUAUUUCAUGUUUGGAUCCACACUGAAUGACCUCGUCCUCCUGUGACAGCGUGGAGACUUUGUACCAAAGUAACUGAACAAACUGGUGUUUUAAUUAGACUCUGCUGCCCCCUGCAGGAGACUGAAGUGCACUGAUUUUCCCCUCUUGAAUAAUCCUAAUCAUCAUGUGUUGUGUUUCUGUUCCUUUCUCGCAGCUAACUGAAUUUUAAUGUUUUAUUUUGAAAGGUCAUACGUUUAGAAGCUUUAUACUUAUUUAAUUAAAAGCAGAGUUGUGUUUUUAUUAAAAAUGAAUCUGUAAGAUGCCAAAUAAAUGACUAAUGUGUUUAAA